AUGGACUUUUUCUUAGAGAAGUGCGCGACAAAAGCGAACACGAACGACAGAAAAGACGACGAUUCGAGUAAACAGUUAUUUCUGGAAGAUUUAGACGACGACAUAAUGGCAGUCAUCACAACCACGACGCCUUUAUCGGCGAAAGAUUCGAUGAAAUUAGCCGAUAGAUUGAUAGAGGUGAGUUCGGAGACGAUAUCGAGACGGGAAAGGGUGUUCGAGGAAAGGAUGGAACAGAUGGAGAGAAAGAAUAGGAUACUGGAGGAGAAGUUGUUGCUCAUGACGACGCCAAAAUCGGAGAAGAAUGAUGGUACUGAUGAUGCGAAAAUGAGCAGCGAAAGAGUCGUCGCGUCGUUUACGUCGUUUACGUCGUCGCCCGAAGGCGCCGCCGAGGUACAAAAGACGCUGUUUACGACGAGACAACAACAACAACAACAACAACAACAGGAAACAACGACAAAAACGACGUCGAAAAAUCAUCAUCACCUUCCAUCUCACACGCCUGGGAUACCUUCGAUUUCGCUUUCUCCGCCGAGAGGCCAAACGAUGCGCGCAGACGCGAGCGAGUUCUCGCCGCCGUUUAGUAAUAGCCGUAGAUAUACGAACAACAACAACAACAAUAACAACAACGACAACAACAACUUUUAUAACAACAGUCGUUCGUCGCUUAGAAGCACGACUGUUACGCCUCUUUCCUUCCGCAACAAGGAAAAUAUAUUGAUGCGUAAAUUAGCCGCCGCCGCGGCUUCUUCUACUUCUUCGAAAGAAGAAAACGAUCCGCGGAAGAGCUUGUUACACGCGGCGGAACGCACCAUGGCGCAAAGCGUAGACGAUCUACAAAAUUUGAAAGCCGCGAACGACGCGUUGCGCAACGACCUCGAGAAAAUGAAGAAACAACGCGAUGCGGACGCGGAAUCGCAUCGAAAAGCGUUAGCCGAAUCCAACGCUGAAACGGCGGCGUUGACGGAAAAUUUAGAAAUCUUACGGGGCGAAAAGCGCUUGUUAGAACAAAGAGACGAGAAAGUCAGAGACGACCGCGACUCGGCGAUGAAGGAGUUAUCAGAUGUAAAGGCAAAAUUGACCGCGAGCGAGUUAGAUGUGAAAUCGAAAUAUUCGGAAAUAGCGCUUUUGAACGCAGCGGUUGACGAAGAGAGAGGAAACUCGAAGGCGCUCGCGGAGAAAUGUACGGAUUUCGAACGAGUGAAAAACGAAUUGAAGUCCAAGUUUGAAGUCACAGAGAGCGAAAAGACGAAACUUUCGGAAGAAAUCGAGCAAUUAGGAGACGCGAACGAUGCUCUGCGCAAAGAAUUGAGCGACGCGCAACACGCGUCCAAAAAGGUAUUCGAAUCUCGCGUCGUCUCCGAGCGCGAAAUUUCAGAUUUGAAAGCCUCCUUGGAAGCCAUGCGCCAGGAGUUGGAUAAAGAAACCGAGAAAAGACACUUAGCCGAAGAGAACGUUAAAGCCAUCGAAACGGUUAAAGAGGACAUCGAGCGCGCGGCGAGUAUCGCGCGAACAACAUUUGAAAAGAAAGUCUCGAAACUUCAAACGAAAGACGGCACGUUCCAAGAAAAAUUAAAACUCGUCAACGAAAAGCGAGAGAAACAAAACAACGAAACCAAAAAAGCGUUAGAGGCAAUGACUCAGCAGUGUCGCCAGGCGGUUGAAAAAGCGGAAGCUUUAAACGACGAGCUGACCUCGACGACGAAAAAGUUAGACGAUACGAAAGCCGAAUGCGCUCGAUUGAAAAUCGAACAAUCGGAGAAAACGAAAGAGCGUUUAGACGCCAUCGAACAAAGGAACAAAUACGAAGAGUUAUGUCGCAAGCUAGAAUUAGACGUCGCUCGAGUGCCUGGUUUAGAGUUUGCCGCGGACGCCGCCAACGAGGAGGUGAAAGCGUUGAGGCUAAAACAACUGGAAGACCAAUCGAAAUUUUCCGACCUCGAACAAGUCGAGUUUCAAUUAAGAGAGAUCAUCGAUCGAGGAAGGAAAGAGACGCUCAAAUUAGUCGAAAGAGGGAAAAAAGCUGAAGAGGAGAUGCUUAAGUUCGAAAACAUGGCAGACGAUUUGAGGUUUAAGUUGGAACAGGUGGAAUUAAGCGAAGCGAUGUUGAAGAAGGAGAACGAGGAGAGGAAAAGCGCGUUGAGCGAAAUGACAAACGCAUCCGGGAAGUUUCAAGAGGAGAUAGAGCGGUUGGAAAAUGAAUUAGAACGCGUUACAACGGCUAAGUUGGAAAUGGAAAACGAGUUGGCCUCGUUCGCGAAUACGAACGACAACGACGACGAAAACAACAUCAACAACGCUCCGGUUGCUUCGCCCGCCGGUAAAGCGGGCGGCAAAGCAGCCGUGCAAAAGAUUUCACAAAAACUCGCCGACGCCGAAGCUGAUUUUAAAUGGCUUCAAGACGAACACGAGAAACUCCACGCGCGUAUGCGCGCUUCGGAAGAGGCGCAGAAAGCCUCGAGAGCGACGGUCAUUGCCAAGACGAAAAAUAUGGUCAUGUUGAAGCUUCGCGGGUCGAGUUUAGAAGGUAAAUUAGAGAAGGCUUUGGCGGAUAUCAAACGAUUGGAAGAUACCGUCGCCGCGAAAGCCGCAGAGAUUACCGCGAUAAAGUUGAAGGGCACCACGAACAGUGGUGGGAAGAGUUUCUUCGGCGGCAGUAAAAAGAGUCCGGCAAAAGGUCAAGCUGAGACGACGACGUACGAAGCGAAGCGCAUGAGCGGUUUCAACGCGUUUGAGGAAAAAUUAGCCGUCGUCAAGCUCGAACGAGACAUCGAAAGACUCGGAGAAAGUCACGCGGAACAAAUCCGCGCGCUCGAAGUCGAGGUCGUAGAGACGAAACGAGAAUGCUUCGAGGCGAAAAAAUAUGCCGACGACGUUGUCGAGAAAGCAAACGAGGAGGUCCAACACGCGCACGAUCGAGAGGCGAGCGCGAAGCGGUUAGCUGAAGACGAGACGAAACGCGCGCGAUUUGAGAGAGAUUCAAUGGCACAAACGAAGAUGAGAACGGAAGUUGCUCUAGAAAACGCGGCGGAAAAGAUGCGAAAGCUCGAAUUGGAGUUGGGAAGGAAACCGUCCGAGAUGCCUUUGGUUUCGACGAUGCCGUUGGUACCGAAAACAACAGACAAGAGGACGACGACGACGACGAAAAGAAAUAAAGCGAUGAGAAACAUUUUUCUCUCAAUCGUCGUCGCUCCGAUCUUUUUUAUUUACUUCGUCUUGGUGUUUGUGUCGUACAGGCUCUCUUCGCCUCCGAACGCAUCGGACGCCGCGUACGAUAUUUUACCCGAUACAUCUUCGGAAUCUGUACGUCAAUCUGUGCGCAUUGUCUAG